CCGGAAGUUGACGAUGAAGAAGCCUGAAGUGACAUGACGUAACACACUUGUAUGAAUGCUACCUGUUUUUUUUUUCUAAUUAAAUGUUAUUAAAAUAGACAAUUGACUGCUAUCUGCGGUUAGCAUUGUUAGCUCAUCUAAUGGAGAAACAGAAAAGAUUGACAGCGAUGUUGGCCGUGGUCGUGGCAGUGGUCAAAAGCCGGCCGCCGGGCGUGAGCAGUCGCCAUCACGUUGAAGCUUUAGCAAGCAGCCUGCAACGCCAAGAGCGGAGGAGGAGGAGCCAAGCUGACAUGCUGAACAUAAUCACCACGACGUCAGCAGGCAGCUUCUCGGACACGCCAGAACUCCUCCCGUUGGCUUUUCUGUCCAAUCAGCCCAAAGAUCCUGAACGAGGGGCGGCGAGUCUUCCUCACGUACACUUUCUGCAGUCACUGUGCACUUUACAGCGAGUAGGCAGUGGUCCAGACUCGCUGUGGCUCGGUCCGGGCGAGAGUGCGGGUACGCUUUUGCCGGACACGCUGUGUGUGCUCAUGGACUCUGUGGUGUCGGCGUUUAGGGACCGCCGCACCGCCAAAGAAGGCGAGCUCGCCCUAAAGGCGUGUCGGGCGUGGACACAAGCACUGGAUUGGUUCUUCUGUCAGAACGCACCGUGUGGUGACUUGAUAACGCACAUGCACUCCUCUUUGAAGGAGCUGACCGCCAUCCUAAUGCACACCAACCAGCGCCAUACUAAUGUAGAGUUGCUGACGGCCUGCUUGGUGACAUUGGCAAACAGUCGCAUGUCAAAGUCGUUCUUGGUAGGCCACUUCCUGUGUGAGGUCAACAUACUGGCUGACAGGCUGUGGAAGGCCAUGCAGGACGACUCUCCUCUUGAUGUGUUUCCUGUGGAUCAUUACCAGAACUUGAGUCACAUUUUGUGGAUCCUGGAGGAGCAUCUGCAGACCAGUGAGGUGGCGGUGCCAGAGGAGGACUGGUCUGAGUGGGUGGACCGCCUCCUUCACUUGGAACAACGAAUGUUUGCUCUUUCUGAGGAGUUUCCUCUGUUUGCCAUCAUAGUGUGGAGGAUUGUGGCGCUCCUGAAGUGAGUGUUUUUAUUUUACAUUCAUGUCAGAAGCAAACAAAUACAAACAAAUAUCUUCAUCUCAUAAUGUUUUAAUUAUGUGAUUGUGCUCUUUAUACUUUUUGUCAUGUUCAUCUGAAAACAACAUUUUAACAAACAACUUUUUUUUUUUCAUAUUAGUCUUAGCUAUCAGUCGACAAUGAAAUUUAGGAAAGAAGUUCUUUCAUUUUGCAACGUUUGUUUGCUGAAUUGCUUGUAUUCCGUCACGUGACUUCUUCCCGGAAGUGAAAACCAGAGGUGGUCAACCAUUCAAGAUGGCUGUUGUACACCAAGUACAAAAGAGGCUUAAAUCUUCCUGCAAAAAGCAGAUACGAGCAAAAAAAAUCUAACUAUGCAAUGGAAUAGAUCCCUAUACUUUUAUCAAAAAAAGAUUUGUUGAGUGAUAUUAAGGAUUGUACGUCGGUCGCGUUCCCAGACACAUCAAACUUUUGUACUCCCUAAAUCAUUCUAAACGAAAAAACAGAUAACUUAGAAAAGCAUGGAGGUCUACAACUUUUGUGUGUUGUUUGGUCAAGGAAAUUGGUAUCAAGACUCUCAGAUUAAUAGGCACCGUUUUUGCUCGGGUAAUGUUGCAUUUCAUGAUUUAACUUCACCUCUACAGUCAUGUCUAUUGCCUAAUUGUUGCUUGCGCGCAUCGUUUACAAGUCGCGUGUGCCCCGUCUUUACCAAAAUAUAACCAUUAAUGUCAACAUUGUGUAUGGGCUGAAAGCAUCUUUUUUUAGGAUUGUAGCCUUUGUUUUACCCUUAUAGGUUUUGCCCACAUUUGCUUUCUUUUAUUUAGACUUUGUAGCAAAAAUGUGUCUUAAGAAAUACAAAUAAUAUCAAGAUAAUACUUAAAUGGGGAAACAACAAACACCAAAAGUAUAUCAAACAAACCUUUAACGAAGUUAUCACUGCAAACUCGUGCAUUCUUCGACUGCUCCUUUAGACUGGAGAGCGUGCUACUUUUCUCAUGUUUUCGUAAAAUGUUGCACCUUUGCGCCUUUGUGAUCUCUCGAGGAACUCUGAUGAAACAUUUAUCCUUUUCGCGAUUUGAACGAUGUGUACAACCAAAAUCAACGCAAGCCUAAGACAUUUUUCUCAGAGAAAGGCAAAAGGUUGCCUAGUACCCAUUGUGAACAGACGCUGGCUUGACAAUCAAUGAGCCGGACAUUUAAUUGAAUUGUUACUUCUUUCAACAACAAACAAUUAUUGAUCACGUCAUCUUAAAUGUUCUCCAGAAACGUUUUUGUUAUUGACCUUUAUGGCAUUAAAGAGGAAAUGCAGACGGCACAAGAAGUCUGCACAAUGUGGUAAACCAAAACCCACUGUAGCAUCCAAUUCAGUUGUAAAAAUGGCACAAAAGAAGUUCCUGGAACCAAAAUUGUCCCUAAAUCAUGUUAUGAAUCAAAAGGGGAUUUAGGAAAGCCAUUCACUGUA